UGUUUUGUUUUGUUUUGUCUUGUUUUUUGAGAGUGUUUCUCUGUAUAGCCCUGGCUGUCCUGGAACUCACUUUGUAGACCAGGCUGUCCUCGAACUCAGAAAUCUGCCUGCCUCUGCCUCCCGAGUGCUGGGAUUAAAAAAGGUGUGUGCCACCAUACCUGGCCUCUUAGACCUUUCAUUGGCUGACAAACAUUGUUGGUCUAGUUGGACCACAGCCUGUAAGGCAUUCUAAGAAAUCCCAUUAUAUAUAUAUAUAUUCUCUAGAUAACCCAAAUAUAGACAGGGUCUCACUAUCCUGGAACUCCUCAUGUAGAUCAGGCUGGCCUUGAAUUGAAAAUAUAAGAGAUCUGCCUGUCUCUCUGCUUCUUGAGUGCUGGGAUUAAAGGUAUGUACCACCAUGUCAGGCUAGAACACUUUAUUGAUUAAUCUCUCUUUUAACAUCCAUCCUGUGCUUUAAAAAAACUUUCUUCCAAGAUGCAAGGUUGUAAUCUGCUACCCAACAGCGUUCAGGCGCAGGAGUAUGUGUGUGUUCAAAUGGAGGGCAGAGGGCACCACUGGCUGUCAGUCCCCACGCAUGCUUCUCAGUGGCAUGGAGCUCAAUGACUCGGUGAGCUGGCCAUCAAGCCUUAAGAACCCUCCGCUCUUCACUUUUCCGGGACUGACAUCACAUUCAGAUCCGCUUAUUCACAAGGCAAGGGAUUUAUCCACUGAGACUUCCCUCACAUCCCUUUUUUUCAUGUUGGAGAUAAAUCCAGGCCUUGAGCAUGCCAGGCAAGCUCUCUACCACCGAGUCAAGCUCCAGACCAAUGCCUUCUUGUCACUCUCUAAUUUGUGUCCCCACCCCCUCCACUUCCUGUGAACUGGUGCACCAGCUGUGUGGGCGAGAGGCUCGAACCAGGCCCAUGUUCUGGCCGGGUGUGUCACCAGAAAACCACUAUGAACUUCCUUUUUCAGUUGAAGAAAUUCUUUCUGGCCUCGAUUCUGCCUGUUUCAGAGUUCAGGGUCUUCUGGGAGCUGGGGAAUGAUGGGAAGUACAACCAAGUCUUCUAGGUCCCUUCGCACAAGCAUUCUUCCUGUAAUCUGGAAACUCAAGUCUUCACAGAAGUGGCAGUGGGGUACGAGUGAAGCUCCCCUGCCAGCUGAGGUGUGCUUCUGUGCCCUCUGGCCUGGAUGUCUUUCAGUGCUUGUGGGUUCUUGGGACUGGGAACAGCUGUGUUUCCUUCUGCUGAAGCUCACACUUGUGACAUGGGAAGCCUGACCAGGGACACAGCUGGGUGCUGCAUCUCCAGGUGCAGGUGGGGCAACCCUAUUCCUUGGAGCCACCAUGUAUGUGUUCACCUGUCACCAGGGAGAAUGCUUUAGUUGCUUGGGAUGUUGCAUCUCUGUAGAAUUGCCCGGUAACCAGGUGCAUCCACCAGAUGUGGGCAUCCUCUUUUAUUUUUGCAAUUCCCUGUCUCAUCUUGUUUUGUGGUAUGGAGAUGGAACUUCUGGUCUCAAUUAUGCCUUCUACAUGUCCAACCCCUCAGUGGGGUAUUCUGAGACUAUCCUACAGCUGGGCCACAGAUAGAGCCUGUAUGGUAGACUUCAGGCAGGUGUUCUGUUGGUGAGCUACAUAUGUUCUCACUUUUUUUUUAAACUUUUAAAAGCAUGUUAAGAACAAUUACAUUUUUUUUUACGUGUACUGGUAUUUUGCCUGCAUGUAUAUCUGUGCAACAUGUCUGUGUCUGGUGUCCUCAGAAGCCAGAAGAGGGUGUCAGAUUCCCUGAAACUGGAGUUACAGGUGGUUGUGAGCCCAAAUUGCCUUGUAGAUUCUGGAAACUAGUGAUCUUAACUAUUUGAGAUUAUUCUCGACCCCUUCCUCUUACUUUUAUGUUAACAACAGCUCUCACAUAGGCUGGCCUCAAAUGUUCCAUCUUCCUGCCUUGGACUGCAGAGUGGUCCAGGCCUUCCUUCUACUAGGUUUUGUGGUGCAUGCCCCACGCCCCACAUUUUGAGGGGCUCUCCUCAGAAAAUAAUGGUCACAGAAGCCUCUUUCUCCCUUCUCUCUUUUCCAGUUAGAGCAACUACAGGGCCUGUCUAAAGCAUGACUCUGUUUAUUGAGGUUCUGACAUUAUAGGUAAGACAAAGGUAGACACUUGUCUGUUUCUACAUGUAUAAUUCUGGACUUUGCAUAUGAGAAGUAUGGGGAUUGGGCUCAGAAAGGUGGAGUCACUUUGUCCAUAUAACACAGCAGAGCUGGAAUGAAGGCUCCAAGCUUUGAGCCUUUCUCCAUCCCCAACUCUAUAGGUUUUGGGGUGGCAAAACUUAAGGUGUGGUGGUACACCCCUGUAAUCUCUAGUGCUAGGAGGUGGUCACCAUCAACUUCAGAGGUGGUUUGGAGCCAGCCCUGCCUCUAAAACUUUGUCUCAAAAAAACCCAAAAAACAAAACCAAAAAAAAAAAAAACCCAAAAAACAAAAAACAUCGUUUUGAGCUGGGACUUGCUCUAUAGCUCAGUUCUAAGCAAUCUAUCUGCCUCAGCCUGCAAAGCAGCUGUGUCUACAUGGCCACUCUACCCAUCUUGGACAUUUUUGUACAUUUUUUAAGUAGACAAUAGGCUAUUAAUCAAUUGGUAAAGCGAAAGUGGUUACUAUAAAGGAACUAAUUAACAUAUUCAUCAUCUCUCUCACAGUUAUUUAUAUUCCCUAGUGGAAAAAGCAGUUAGAAUCUCAUUUAGAAAAGAAUCCUGACUCAAUAAACAAAAAUAUUUGAACACAGAGCCACUUUCCCCUAACCUAGGUGCCAGCAGAAUGACUGCAUUUGUUUGACAUUUGGUUCUCCGUGCGUCUUCUUUUUCCCAUUAAUUGAUAUUUUAAAAAACUGCUUUAGAAUAUUAUCUUGAUGAUUAAUUUCUGAGCUCGAAGCACUCACUCCCUUCGGAGCUAUUUCUGUUUCACCUUCUCCGGCUGCAACUGACCUAUCUCUUGGGGAAACUGAGGCCCGGAGCGGCGGGGAGCACUGGGGAUAAACGCCGCUGACCUUUGCUUAUCGUCUUCUCAUUAAAUGUCUGCUGGCCAGAGACCUUUUCACUGCCUGAGUGGCCGAGAUAGCGGCGCGGCCAGGCUGUGACCUUUCCGGGGCUCCGACUAGAAUCGUACCAGCCGAUUUCUCUCAACCCUCUUGGACCAAGAGAACGCGCCUGUGAAGUCAACGAAUUCCGAGUUCGGCCUCCGCCGCUGACGUCACAGAAGGGCAGCACAGAGUCGCUGCGUUCCUUGGGGGACAUGAGCGCCAGAGGCAAGAGAGUGGCCCAGCAAGGAGGAAGUCUUGAGGUUUUCAUCGGUACGUAGGACCGAACUACAACUCCCGACGCCCCGUGGACCUGUGCAAGAGAGCGCGACAAACUUUUGGACGAGAUUGAUCUCUCGUUAGUCCAACCAGAGAGCCGACUUUGGAGCGGCAUCCCACCCCCUUGUAAUUCUCAGGGCUGCUUCCUCGCGCGAGUGACGGGCUUCGCUUGCCUUUUAGGGUUUAGCUUUCUCUGACGGACGUCCGAACUGAGGAAUCGGAGCUCGGUGAAGUCGAGAGGGUACUGAAAAGCGUGGAUGGUAGCCAAUAGCAUGCUGGAAGCGCCCAGCGCCGUCCAAUCGCUGCCCUGGAGGUCCGCCCUGGCGUGUGACGUAGUAGGGUGGGUAGCAACAGUUGCCCCGGUGAGGGAAACGGAGGCGCCAUAGCCACGGUAGUCGUGGCGACCAAGCAACCCAGCAACGCCAGUCAACAACAACAACUGCGGCCGCCCCCCACCCCCACGCCCCCGGCCCGGCCUGGGGACCCCGGCGCGCUCGGUCCCCUCUGCACAGCGCCCACGCACCUCCUCAAAGCCUUCCGCGGACACAAGUGCGGAGAAGCCGAGGAAGAGGAAAACCGCCUUAUUUAUUAUCAUUCACUGUUGGCAUGGCAACACAGUCCUAUGUUACUGAGCUACAGGCAGCCCCACAAGCAUCCCAGCCGCCACAGGCCCCGCCCCAGGCCCUGCCCCAGCCACCACCCCCAGCAGCACCCCAGCCUCCUGCUGCAGCAACCCCCCAGCCCCAGUAUGUCACCGAGCUGCAAAGCCCCCAGCCCCAGACGCAACCUCCGGGCAGCCAGAAGCAGUAUGUGGCAGAGCUCCCUGCUGCCCCUGCACCCUCACAGCCUGCCACACCUGCCCCAUCCCCUGUGGCUCAGCAGUAUAUCGUGGUCACCGUAUCGGAAGGUGCCAUGCGGGCUAGUGAGACUGUGUCAGAAGCCAGCCCCAGUUCCACGGCAAGCCAGACCGGUGUUCCCACCCAAGUGGUCCAGCAGGUGCAGGGCACCCAGCAGCGGCUGCUGGUCCAGGCAAGUGUGCAGGCCAAGCCAGGCCAUGUGUCCCCCCUGCAGCUUACCAACAUUCAGGUGCCACAGCAGGCUAUCCCCACACAGCACCUGGUGGUGCAGAGCCCAGCACCGGGCACUAAGAGUGGCCAGGUCUCCCUGACGGUGCACAGUGCCCAGCAGGUGCACUCUGCUCCUGAGAGGUCACCAGUGCAGGCCAACAACUCCACCAGCAAGACAGCUGGGACUCCUGCGGCCACUGUGCAGCAACUACAGGUCCACAGCGUCCAGCAGAGUGUCCCUGUCACCCAAGAGAGGUCAGUAGUCCAGGCCACUCCACAGACCAAAGCUGGCCCGGUGCAGCAGCUGACUGUGCAGGGACUGCAGCCAGUUCACGUUGCUCAAGAGAGCUCAGGCAGUCAGUUUCCCGCUAGGAAGGCAGAGCAGCAAGAAACCCGGCCCACGCCGCCGCCGGAGCCGCCGCCCCGGCCUCCCGGGCCUGGGCCAGUGUGCUGCGGCGAGGUCUUGCAGCUAGGCAGCGAGCAGCAGCCGCUCCAUUACGAGCCGGGUGUGGAGCAGUGGGUGGAGCUGGUGGGCAUGCUGCCCCCACACCUGCUCCUGCCGCAGCAGAGGGUGGUCUUCGAGCCACAGCGGGGGCUCUCGGCCCGAGCCAGCCCCGACCUGAGGGUCAGGAUCCACAGAAUGCCCCAGGUGCUAGUGUUCGGCACCGCCCUCAAAGUACAGCAACUCCCUCAGGUGCCUGUCCCACACGUGUAUUCCAGCCAGGUGCAGUACGUGGAAGGUGGCGAUGCCAGCUACACAGCCAGCGCCAUCCGCUCUAGCACCUACCAGUACCCGGAGACGCCUAUCUACACGCAGACGGCAGGCACCAGCUACUAUGAGGCUUCGGGCACGGCUGCCCAGGUCAGCACGCCGGCUACUUCCCAGACGGUGGCCAGCAGCGGCUCAGUGCCCAUGUAUGUGUCCGGCAGCCCAAUUGUCGCCAGCUCAUCCAGCAGCGAGGCUGGGGCCAGCAACAGCAGUGUGGGUGCAGGGGGCAAUGGGGGAGGCGGCAGCAGUGGUGGUGGCAGUGGCGGCAGCAGCGGCAGCGGAGCAGGCACCUACGUGAUCCAAGGCGGCUACAUGCUAGGCAAUGCCAGCCAGUCUUACUCCCACACCACCCGUGCCUCACCAGCCACAGUCCAGUGGCUCCUGGAUAAUUACGAGACCGCUGAGGGCGUGAGCCUGCCACGGAGCACCCUCUACUGCCACUACCUGCUGCACUGCCAAGAGCAGAAGCUGGAGCCAGUUAAUGCCGCCUCUUUCGGCAAGCUCAUCCGCUCGGUAUUCAUGGGUCUGCGCACGCGCCGUCUGGGCACCAGGGGCAACUCUAAGUACCACUAUUACGGCCUGCGGAUCAAAGCCAGCUCACCCCUGCUGCGGCUGAUGGAGGACCAGCAGCACAUGGCCAUGCGGGGCCAGCCCUUCUCCCAGAAACAGAGGCUGAAGCCCAUCCAGAAGAUGGAGGGCGUGGCCAACGGUGUUGCCGUGGGGCAGCAGAGCACAGGGCUGUCAGACAUCAGCGCCCAGGUGCAGCAGUACCAGCAGUUCCUGGAUGCCUCCAGGAGCUUGCCUGAUUUUGCUGAGUUGGACCUCCAGGGCAAAGUGCUGCCUGAGGGUGUCGGUCCUGGGGACAUCAAGGCCUUCCAGGUCCUGUACCGGGAGCACUGUGAGGCCAUCGUGGACGUCAUGGUAAACCUGCAGUUCACACUGGUAGAAACGCUGUGGAAGACCUUCUGGAGAUACAACCUUAGCCAGCCCAGUGAGGCUCCACCACUGGCCGUGCAUGACGAGGCCGAGAAGCGGCUGCCCAGGGCCAGUCUGGUGCUCCUCUCCAAGUUCCAGCCUGUGCUUCAGUGGACCAAGCACUGUGACAAUGUGCUGUACCAGGGCCUGGUGGAGAUCCUCAUCCCUGAUGUUCUGCGGCCCAUCCCCAGUGCCUUGACCCAAGCAAUCCGGAACUUUGCCAAGAGCCUGGAGAGCUGGCUCACCCAUGCCAUGGUGAACAUCCCUGAGGAGAUGCUGCGGGUGAAGGUGGCAGCAGCUGGCGCCUUCGCACAGACACUGCGGCGCUACACAUCGCUCAACCACUUGGCGCAGGCGGCGCGGGCAGUGCUGCAGAACACUGCACAGAUCAACCAGAUGCUAAGCGACCUCAAUCGGGUGGACUUCGCAAACGUCCAGGAGCAGGCCUCGUGGGUGUGUCGCUGUGAGGACCGUGUGGUGCAGCGUUUGGAGCAGGACUUCAAGGUGACGCUGCAGCAGCAGAACUCACUGGAGCAAUGGGCAGCCUGGCUGGACGGCGUUGUGAGCCAGGUGCUCAAGCCCUACCAGGGCAGUUCCGGCUUCCCCAAGGCGGCCAAGCUCUUCCUCCUCAAGUGGUCCUUCUACAGCUCCAUGGUAAUCCGGGACCUGACCCUGCGCAGUGCUGCCAGCUUCGGCUCCUUCCACCUCAUCCGGCUGCUCUAUGACGAGUACAUGUACUACCUGAUCGAGCACAGAGUGGCCCAGGCCAAGGGCGAGACCCCAAUCGCAGUCAUGGGAGAGUUUGCAAACCUGGCCACCUCACUGAAUCCCUUGGACCCUGACAAAGAUGAAGAAGAAGAGGAGGAAGAGGAGAGUGAGGAUGAGCUGCCACAAGACAUCUCGCUGGCGGCUGGCAGCGAGUCUCCCGCACUAGGCCCUGAAGCUCUGGAGCCACCAGCGAAACUGGCGCGGACUGACACUCGUGGCCUCUUUGUGCAGGCCCUGCCCUCCAGCUAAGCCUGCCACCUCCCUGCACCCCUCCACCUGCCCAGCCUGCUGCUGCCCCUCCAGGCCAGGGGCCGGUCCUUCAGUUUUUGUGCUUCACUGUUACCCUCCCAGCACAUGCCAGAGCUGGAGAAGGUCCCUCCCCUUGACAGGGAAGGCUAGGAGAGUCUCCCUUCAUACGGGGCUGGUACAAUCAUGGGCGGGGCUGGGCAGAAACGAAGCUGCAAACCCUGACACAAAAGACGUGCCUUAAGGAACCUGCCUAGGUGUCCCUCUUUCCUGCCGCAGCUCACAGCUCUAUCCCCCCACCACCACCACCCCAGAGGGCAGCAAGCCAGCUCCUCCCCUGCGGAACUGUUAACUUAUUCUGCUCUCUGGCUUUGCACAGCCUGCUUGGGCAGGCGCAGGUGGGUAGCACCUUGGGACCCCCACCGUCAGCAGCAGUACCCCACUGCUCCCCUUUCUUGGUAUUAAGUGCAAUUAAAGCUGUGGGUGUUGCACCUUCUCCAGAGCUGGGUUCUCUUGGCCCCGCAGCCCAGAGAGGGGCAUAUUGUGAAGGGCCCCGGCCUCCAGCUUCCAAAGAGGAGCAUCUGGCUGGCUGCAGGGCCAGGUGCUCCAGACCCGAGGCCUCGCCCUGCGCCUUCCACCCCAUCAGCUUGUGACCGAAACCUGCUCCCAGAGAUGCUUCUCCUCUGUGCAGUGCCCCUGACCCCCGUAACUAUUGUGAUUAGUGAGUGCCGCUUGAGCGGAGUCAGUAACUUGUUGGGUUUUUUUCCAACCAUCAUGGCCUUAUCCGUCCCCGAUUUCUCAGUGUCUUCAAUCUGUGAUAGAUGUUUAUGGAGAAAAAGCAAAUCUGGCCUAUUGUAUAGAAAUCCCUAUUUUGUGUGCUCCGCGUGCUCCAGCUUUUGGGGUGGUCCUGCACACUCCCCAUGGGCCUCCCUUCCCAGUGCUCAAAGUAUCCACGCGCGUGGUAGUUUAGUGUGCUGUUUUCUACCUUUUGUAGUCUUUCUUAAAACAAUAAAUACUGCUGUGAUCUUUGUCUACUGA